AUGUCGAUGUUUGGUCGGUUCCAAGAGAGCAAGAAACAAUGGCGUAACUGCAUCGUGGCCUGUUUCGCAAUCUAUGCUCUCGGUUUUCUCUUUUAUUACUACAACUUCCCGGCCUUUGGUGACUUCCAUCGACCCCACCAAGCCGUCUCGCUCACGAAGCCGUCAAAACAUGUCAAGCCAGACAACAUCACCGUCAGCGGACUAGUAUUCUACGGUCGACAAAGCCGAGUUGAAAUAAUGAAGUGCUACAUCGAGCGUAACCUGGUCGAAAACGGAGGCUGGCUCGAUGAAGUUCUCUGGGUUGUCAACACCGAGCAUAAAGGUGAUCUCCGAUAUCUCGAGGAGAUCCUGGCUUCCAACCCCGAGCGAUACAAGAAGAUUUAUUCCGACGAGAUUGCAGGGACGUACACGUACAAGAACAUCUGGAAGAAAUUGGACCGUGGAAAGUAUUACGUCAAGAUUGACGACGACGUCGUCUGGAUCGACGACCACGCUAUACCCAGUCUCGUCACACGCAAAGUCCAAAACCCCAAGGACUUCGUUGUCUCUGGUAAUAUUAUCAACAAUCCCCCUCUUGGCUUCUUCCACAUGCGCAUGGGUGCCAUUCAUCCAUACUUCCCAGAGGCCUUUGAGCCCUUCAGCGUCACAAACGCCACUGAUUACUGGAGGCCAUCACGACAUCCUUCAUGGGAUGGACCCAAGAAGUUCAAGUGGGAACUCAAGAAUGAGCCUCCUUCGUGGCCCCACCAUCGAUGGCUGCGAGUCCCCGACGAUUCGAUGCUUGAUCAAACUCCUGCUUCUGAACUCAAGUACGAUAUUUGGGGCGACAGCUACCGCAACUGGGCUAUUGCUUCUCAAAUGCACAUGUCUCUAUUUGAGAACAUCGAGAAGAACCAGCUGGACUUGUAUAGAUUCGAGAAGCCUUGGGUUAUGUACGAGGACCGAAUUCGAAUCAACUUUAUGUGCAUCUACAGUGAUGACAUUCUGGACACGGAUCCUGAAAAUUGGCCCCAAGGACGUGGUGAUGAGGACAUGAUUGUUCUUGAUCUCCCAAAGAAGCUUCGACGACCUGUUGUGAUUCAAGGCGACGCUUUAGCCGCUCACUACCAGUACAUGGAUCAGGGCAAAUUGGAACAAACCGAUAUCCUAAAACGAUACCAAUCUAUCGCAAAGGAUAAAUACUGCCUCGGCUUAGAUGCAGUUCAGGGAGCCGCGGAAGCAGAUCUGAAACAAAGGUCGACUCGAGGACUAUUUUCCACCCCAAGUGGGUAUGAUGUUUGA